AUGAAAUUCUUUGUGUGCAUCGCCCUCAUCGCCAUCGCCGCCUCCGCCCUGGCAGCACCCAGCAGCGGCAGCUCUGCUGCCAGCAGCAACGCCGGCGGCUCUGUUGCCAACCAGGAAUCCGAGGCUGAGGGCCAAGGCUACGGUGAUCUGACCCGUCUGCGCAAGUCAGCCUAUGGCGGCAGCUCGGGCGGCUAUGGCGGCUCCAGCGUGCCAGCUCCACCUUGCCCCAAGAACUAUCUGUUCAGCUGCCAGCCCAACCUGGCGCCAGUGCCCUGCAGCGCUCCAGCUCCCAGCUACGGAUCCGCCGGCGCUUACUCCUCGCCCGUGGCCAGCUAUGUUGCCCCCAACUAUGGCGUGCCCCAGCACCAGCAGUCGCUCUACGGCUCCGCCUACCUGCCUCAGGCCUAUGGCUACCAAUACUAG